AUGUUCGCCGGGGACAGUGUCUCAGGAUUAAGCCACAGCUUCCCGGAGCCAUUUAUUUCAACAAUUGAUACCGACGCACCAACCGUUGCACCGAAAUUUAUGACUCGAGGCCAUCUCUACAAGGCUAUCAUCGGGGACUCGAUCGAGCUGCCGUGCCGAGUAAAGGACCUUGGAUCCUACGUGCUGCUGUGGCGACGGGGGACCUCCGUCCUGACGGCGGCUAAUUUAAUGGUGACACGUGAUCCGAGAUUCAAGCUGGUCGAGGGCUACAACCUGCAGAUAGCGAACGUGAAAAUUCAGGACGCCGGUGAUUAUAUUUGCCAGAUCGGUGAUAACGAAAGCCGGGAUCAGGUUCAUACGCUGGAAAUACUCGUCCCACCGACGAUACGGGUCGUUCCGCAGAAUCGACAAAUCACGGCCCGGAAAGGCAGCACCGUAACUCUGGAAUGCAAGGCAUCCGGCAAUCCGGUUCCAGCAAUUUACUGGCACAAGAAGGAUGCCUUCACCGGAGCGUCACAUCUGUCCGAGAGUCCGACGCUGGUGCUGGAACGUGUCGAUCGGCAUCAUGCCGGCGUCUAUCAGUGCACCGCCGACAACGGUGUCCGGGAAGCGGUCCACGUUGACAUCGAGGUGACCGUGCUGUCUCCACCCGACAUUACGGUCGAGAAAACGUGGGUCCACGCCAGCGAGGGCUUCGACAUCGAUCUGGCGUGCAUCGUGCACGGUGACGUGAACUCCGAGAUGCUGUGGUACCAAAACUCUUUCCUGCUCGACCCGACCGACCGCCGAUCGAUGUUUUCGAAGGCAGACAAAUAUACGCUCAACAUACGGAACUUCCAGCAGUCGGACUUUGGCAACUACAGCUGUGUGGCCGACAACGCCUUGGGCCGCACGAAGAAGUACAUCGAAGUUUCUGGCCGUCCCGGGCCGGCCGCGUUCCUGUCGCCGGCCUACAGUAACUAUCUGGAUCGCUACAAUCUCACCUACACGAUAGAAUCCAUCCCGCCGCUGGACGAAAUCAAGCUGCUCUACCGAAAGCUGAUGAUGAACGAAACAUAUCAACAUCCGGGCAGCUGGGAGGACACGAUUUUAGUGCCAACAUUAACCAGAUCCGAUGCGACCCAUUUUAUUAUGUCGCAUGUGAUAAGGGGACUAUCGCCGAACUCGGUCUACGAGGUCAUGAUCCAGGCCCGGAACGUGCACGGUUGGAACGAGGGCAAGAAGGGCAAGGUCAGCGUGACGACGGUCCUUUCCUGCAAGCUGAAGACGAUCGGCGGCACGGACACGCUGAUGCGCAACUUGACCGCGGACCAGAUCGAGCGGAUCGACGCCCUGAAGCUGGAGUGCAGCGACAUCCUGUUCUUCGAGAGUUCGCUCGAGGCGAACCAGCACUCGGGAGCGUUCCUCGGCACCCUGAAGCGGCUGCAGGACCUCAAGAUCGAGUACUGCAAGAUUAACAUGUGCCAGCAGCCGGAUCCGGAUGCUGGAAACCAGGGGCAACCCACGGGUUGCCGCCGACCGGUCGAUCUCGGUCGCUCCUGA